UGUCCAGGACCCUGUGUGACCCCUUCCCGCACUGAGAUCAUCAUCAUGGCCACCAAGACCCAGCAGGUGUUGGGCGAGAAGGGACGCCGCAUCCGCGAGCUGACCGCUAUGGUCCAGAAGCGUUUCAACUUCGAGACCGGCCGCAUCGAGCUGUACGCCGAGAAGGUCGCCACCCGUGGUCUGUGCGCCAUCGCCCAGGCUGAGUCGCUGCGUUACAAACUGACCGGAGGACUGGCCGUCCGUCGCGCCUGCUACGGUGUGCUGCGUUUCAUCAUAGAGUCUGGAGCCAAGGGCUGUGAGGUUGUCGUGUCCGGCAAGCUGCGUGGUCAACGUGCAAAGUCGAUGAAGUUCGUCGAUGGCCUGAUGAUCCACUCUGGUGAUCCGUGCAACGACUACGUCGAAACCGCCACACGUCACGUGCUGCUGCGCCAGGGAGUGCUCGGCAUCAAGGUCAAGAUCAUGUUGCCCUAUGAUCCCAAGAACAAGAUUGGCCCCAAGAAGCCACUGCCCGACAACGUGUCUGUGGUGGAGCCCAAGGAGGAGAAGAUCUACGAGACCCCCGAGACGGAGUACAAGAUCCCGCCACCCAGCAAGCCCCUGGACGAUCUGUCCGAGGCGAAAGUUUUGUAAACUUAGUUUUACUGUUCAUCAAAUGAGCGACUAAUCCGAGUCGCCCCGUAAAUACAACAAACAAAACAGACUA